UCCAGCAUGUUUUGCUGAGCUGUAAUCGACAAGAGGCUGUCUGGUUUAAAUGUAUUUUGGUUUUCUCUUAAAUCUUUCUUUGGCCACCAAGAGAAUCAACAUCUGAUUGAAGAGUUUAUUAUUCAGUUUAUACUUGAGACUAGGUUAUAUUCGAGAAUUUGAGUUCCUUGAAGUUGUAGAAUUAAUUUUGCAGCCUGCGGAGGGCUGUAAUACGCCUGGUCUGCCGGAAAUAGAAGAAGAAGACGGUUGUGUAGGGUACGGGGUGACCGAGAGGACCCACAUCAAACUACCCGGGAUUAGCCGUGCCUGCGGGACCCACCAGACGGACACCGGAGGCCUCGUUCGGCUCGCUUUCGGCUCCGAUAGGGCGUGCGCGCAAAGUGAAAGUAAAAGGCGGCGGGCUGUGGAUUUGUGAGUCCUCCGACUGCUACCCGGCCGUCAUUCGGACGGCAUUCCGACAUUCCGUGAGUGAUGGAGGCCUGGCUGCUAAUUCUGAUUCUCCUCGGGAUUAAUUCCAUUCCAGCGGGUGUGGCACAGGAAUUUGUGGUCACGGCUCCAGCCAAGCCUAUCCUGGCCAUCGUCGGGAAGGACGUGGUGCUGGACUGCCAGCUCGUGCCAGGCAACUUCCUGCCCAACAUGGAGUUGCGAUGGAUCAACGUGGACCUGUCCUACUCGUCCCCCAUUCACAUGUACAAGGGGGGCCUGGAUGAAUUAACCAUGCAGGCUUCGGCCUACCAGGGCAGGACCCAGCUGUUCCACGACCAGAUCAGCAAGGGCAACCUUUCCCUCAAGCUGAUGAACGUGCGGGUGUCUGACCAGGGGCAGUACAAGUGUUUUGUGGCAACCAAGAGUAACCAGAAUGAGAUCAGGAUGAGCUUGGCAGUAGCAGCCACUGGGAUUCAACCUCAGAUCGAGAUUAAAGGCCACUCCACGGGUGGCAUCAGCCUCAGCUGCACAUCGGAGAAGUGGUUCCCAGAGCCGUUGGUCCAGUGGGUGGACGGGAAUGGUGUCGGCGUGGCGGUGAAGCCGGAAACUACAUACCGGGUGGAUUCCCGGGGCUUGUACAGCGUCUGCAGCACCAUCGAGGUCUCCCAGGACAACAUGAACACGUACUCCUGCCAGAUUACCAACACGGCUGUGGCUGACUUUAAGCAGGCCAGGAUACAGAUCUCAGAUAGCUUCUUCCCUCGAAUGUCGAAGUGGGUGAUUGGCUUCAUUCUCCUGCUGCUGGUCAUUUUUGUAAUUUUGGGUCUGGCCUAUUACAACCAUCGCAGGAUGCAGCGGUGCAUAGACGCUGUGAAGAAAUCCUCGGGUGCUCUGAAGAUCAAUGAAUUGAAUGAACAACUUGAGAACCAGAAGCAGUUAGCAGAAGGAGAGUAUGAGAGGUUGUGCAGGGAGAAAGCGGACGCGGUAGGAGCAGAGAGAUCAGAGCUUGAGAAACUUCGCAAGAAAUUUGAGGAGGAAAACAAUGCAAUCACAGCUGAUUACAAGAAGCUCCAGACCGAGUUUGAACAAUGGAGACCCCUUGUCACAUCAGAAUGGAACAGGAUGCGAAGUCACGCAGUUGUUGUGUGUCCAGAUCCAAAUACCGCUUGCCCAAGCCUGGAGGUGUCUUCAACGAUGAUCAGCGCGAGAGCCGGACCGCCCUUGACUGUUCCCAAGCUCCCAGAGCGAUUUGACUCUGCUCUGUAUGUGCUGGGGACGGAGGGUUUUGUGACGGGUGCCUACUUCUGGGAGGUUGAGGUCGCCUCGAAGAACUACUGGGACAUCGGUGUGGUCCUCGAAUCGGUCCAGCGGAAAGGCCUGCCCAACCUGUCUACCAGCAAUGGCUUCUGGACCUUUGGCCGAGACGGGGAGAUAUACGCAGUCAGUGAUAAGAAUCACUCCAACAUUUCAAUGGAAACGAGGCCGACAAAGAUCGCAGUGUUUCUGGACCUGGGGGCUAGGAAGUUGUCCUUCUACAAUGCUGACACUAUGUUCCACCUCCACACAUUCAACACCACUUUCUCAGGCAAAGUCUACCCGUUCUUCUCACCUGGAUGGAGUGAACCACCUCUGAUCAUUUGCCCCAUUAACAGCUAGCCAACAGCGUCCAUCCACAUUGUCGAGAACUGGUUGCUAAAAAUUUGCAUUUGCUUUAACGUAAUGAUGGAAAUUGAGUAUUUGGAUAACAGAAUGACUGUUUAUAUGUAACGCUCAUAUAUGUCCGGGGGAAUCCCAUCCAGCACCUACCUCAACACUUCCUGCGGAGUCGGUCGCUGCACCACUACCGCCCGGAUCAAUCCCAAACAUCAAUCAUCAGCCAGCACACCCAGUACGUUUUACCAAGUACACUUUAUAGAUAUUACUAAGUCUAUGACAUUAAUAUAAAUUCGAUACCGAAAAGGAAGUAAUGGGAAAAAAAAAGAGGCGCCAGACUUAUCAAAGUCCAAGUUCUUCGCGCACAACCGUUGGAGCUCAAUCGGUUCCUGCCGACCACCCGGAUCCUGUCGACUCACGGCUCAGGACCACCCGGAGUGAUGGACUGGAGCCUUCCGCACGUCCGUCGUCCUCCCCGUCUCUCGUCCAACUCCCCGCCAAAAACCCCGUCCACAGUCAUAUGAGACAGCAUUAUCAUCCGAAAAAAGAUACAUGAACGAUACAUGACUAAUAGCACCCUGCUAUCUGUAUUAAAUGUCUAGCUAGAGACUUCCUCAGCAUUUAACCUAACAAAGAAGCAUUCCCAAGUAUAACAUAACAAAGAAGCCAUUUUAAAUUUAACAUACGAAAAAGAAAGGCCCUGUACAUAUAAUUCUAAGAGAAGGAAUUACCAUGGAUUCCAGUAAUUGGGGCCAUUAGUUGAUCCUGAGAGCUGAAGGAUAAUUAGAACAUAGAAAGCAACAACACAUUACAGGUCUGUCAUUUUUGUACCAUCCGUGUUAUUAUUGUUAAUGGGGACAGCCACAGGGGUGCUCUCCUCUACCUACCCUUCCCUCUUCUGACGGUCAUGAAACGAGAAAAUUGCUGAUGUUUAUUUGGGAGAUGGUGGCAAUUAAUUGGGUCAGGAGACUUUUGCCAAACAAGUUCUAACUAGUAUCAGUUCUGCACUUACGUGGUUAUAAGACACUCCACCAUGUUUUGAACAAACAGAUCUUAAGCCGUGUCAGUUAUGUGUGUUUGUUCAAAAAGCAGUGAUUUUUGAUAGCUGGCAAUAAUAAGCAGCUAGACAAUUCAGAACUGUUUUACUGACAGCAGCUUCAAGUGUCCAGAUUUGGAGAUGCCAGGAUAAAACCCGUGAUGAGAAUGAAAUUAUUUCACUAAUUCAACCAGUUCGGAACUGUGAAUAAUUUGAAGAUAAUAACAAUCAUCUUGAAGGUUACAAUGAAAAAGUAGAUUUGGAAGAUGCUAUUGUCAAAAGUAUCGCAUGAAGGCUGUCAUACAGUAAUGGAGUACUAUUGGUAGUGUUCUGUGUAUUUCAUUUAAAUACAUAGAUUGUCUUUUUAUGCCUUUUUAACUACUUCAAUGAAACUUCGGCUAACUGGGGCUGCCACUGAUACAGAGCAAAAUGUACUGGUCCCAUUCUGUCCCAAUUCAGUGGAAUCAAGUGUACUUAAAUUUGAUAUUUUAUUUGUUGCUUGUAUAUGCUACCAUUGCCUUUUUAAAAUCAGUAUAUUGUUGGAUUUAAAAACGUAAAUGUAAAUGCUGGAAAUUCAAGCAACACACAUCAAAGUUGCUGGUGAAUGCAGUCUUGAUGAAGGGUCUCGGCCCGAAACGCCGACUGUACCUCUUCCUAGAGAUGCUGCCUGGCCUGCUGCGUUCACCAGCAACUUUGAUGUGUGUAUCUUGUUGGAUAUUGUUUUUAAACAUAAGUUUACGGUGCUGAUUGCAUCGUCUGUGAAUUUGUGUAUAUAUAUAUAUUUUGUUAUGAAUACACUAACCUCUUUUAAAAAAAGAAAUCUUCCUCUGUCCCUUUAUCCUGAGCCUUCUGUUGUGUCUAUUCUGAACACUUUGAUGCCCUGUAUUUAAUUCCUGUUGUUUGGGUGAACUGGAGGAAAAUUAGUUGAAAAGUUGGUUACGGACACGAGGAAGUCUGCAGAUGCUGGAAAUUCACACAGAGUGCUGGAGGAACUGAGCAGGCCGGGCAGCGUCUAUGGAAAAGAGUAAACUGUCGAUGCUUGGGGCCGAGACCUUCAGCAGGGUGAGGCGGUUAGCACAAUGAUAUUACAGCUUGGGGUGUUGGAAGUUUGGAGUUCAGUUCCAGUGUUACUGUGUAUUUAAUAUUUCAGUAAUAUUCGAGCAGUCUUGUGUAUAUAUUGAUUAAGCAUUCUUCAUUUAAAUAAUAAUGAGCUAUAUGUAAAAAUAUGUAAAUUGUAUAUGUCAUCACACUACCUCGUGAUAGGGGCAUACGAGUAUAACAGGAGUCCUCUGUGAGAAGUUUGUACAUCCUUCGCGUAGGUUUCCUCCAGAUGCUUCAGUUUCCUCCCACAGUCCAAAGACGUAGGGGUUAGGAGGGUCAUUGUCAUCGUAAAUUGUCCUGUCGUUAGGCCAAGUAGUUUGCUGGUUGGUCGUGGCUGGCUGGGCUGGAGGAUCCUGUUCUGCACUGUAUCUCUUCAGUAUCUACAUAAGGUGAAGUAAGACCCUGGCCACUCUAUUAGGUACAUCUGUACAACUGCUCAUUAAAGCAACUACCAAUCAUGUGGCAGCAACUCAAAGCACGCCGACAUGGUCAAGAGGUUCAGUUCAGACUGGGGACGAAAUGUGAUCUAAGUCACUGUGGCAUGGAAUGAUUGUUGGUGCCAGAUGGGCAGUUUGAGUAACUACUGAUCUCCUGGGAUUUUCACACACAACAGUCUCUAGAGUUUACAGAGACCGGUGCGGGAAAUACAAAAAAAAACCCAGUGACUGGCAGUCCUGUGGGUGGAAACCCCUUGUUAAUAGACAAUAGACAAUAGGUGCAGGAGUAGGCCAUUCAGCCCUUUGAGCCAGCACCGCCAUUCACUGUGAUCAUGGCUGAUCAUCCACAAUCAGUAUCCAGUUCCUGCCUUAUCCCCAUAACCUUUGAUUCCACUAUCUUUAAGAGCUCUAUCCAUCUCUUUCUUGAAAGCAUCCAGAGACUUGGCCUCCACAGCCUUCUGGGGCAGAGCACUCCAUAUAUCCACCACUCUCUGGGUGAGAAAGUUUUUCCUCAACUCCGUUCUAAAUGGCCUACCUCUAAUUCUUAAACUGUGGCCUCUGGUUCUGGACUCACCCAUCAGCGGGAACAUGCUUCCUGCCUCCAGCAUGUCCAAUUCCUUAAUAAUCUUAUAUGUUUCAAUAAGAUCCCCUCUCAGCCUUCUAAAUUGCAGAGUAUACAAGCCCAGUAGCUCCAAUCUUUCAACAUAUGACAGUCCCGCCAUCCCGGGAAUUAACCUUGUGAACCUACGCUGCACUCCCUCAAUAGCAAGAAUGUCCUUCCUCAAAUUUGGAGACCAAAACUGCACACAGUACUCCAGGUGUGGUCUCAGCAGGGCCCUGUACAGCUGCAGAAGGACCUCUUUGCUCUGAUACUCAAUUCCCCUUGUUAUGAAGCCCAGCAUGCCAUUAGCUUUCUUCACUGCCUGCUGUACUUGCAUGCUUGCUUUCAGUGACUGAUGUACAAGAACACCUAGAUCUCGUUGUACUUCCCCUUUUUGUAACUUGACUCCAUUUAGAUAAUAAUGGGAGAGCUCGGAGGAGAAUGGCCAGACUGGUUCAAGCUGACAGUAACUGGAAUAACUACACGUGACAACUGUGGUGUGCAGGAGAGAAUCUCAACGCGCAGGUCGAACUCUGAAGUGGAUGGGUUACAGUGGCAGAAGAAAGUGGAUAAGUAGGCAACUGGGUGUAUAAGGUAUGAGUGGACACACAGCUCACAGAGAAAAGAUGUGCUGGUAUCAGAGAGAGUCCAGAGGAAGCUCACAAGGAUGAUUCUGGGAAUGAAAGGGUUAUCAUAUGAGGAACGUUUGAUGGCUCUGGGGCUGUGCUCGCUGGAAUUCAGAAGGAUGAGGGGGGAUCUCAUUUAAUGUUGAAAGGCCUAGACAGAGUAGAUGUGGGAAGGAUGUUUCCCAUGGUGGGAGAGUCCGGGACAAGAGGGCACAGCCUCAGGAUAGAGGGGCACCCUUUCAAAACAGAGAUGCGGAGAAAUUUCUUUCGCCAAUGGGUGGUGAAUUUGUGGAAUUUGUUGCCACAUGCAGCUGUAGAGGCCAGGUCGUUGGGUGUAUUUAAGGCAGAGAUUGAUAGGUUCUUGAAUGGACACAGCAUCAAAGAAGGCCAGGAACAGGGGUUGAGGAUAAGAGAAAAAGGAUCAGCCAUGAUUGAAUGGCGGAGCAGACUCGAUGGGCCAGAUGGCCUAAUUCUGCUCCUAUGUCUUAUAGUCUUAUUAACAUCGGUGCCGAGUUCGACACGGCAAAAGGCUUACCUCACUGCAGGAACACUGUGCAUUCGGGGUAGAGAUAGAGGGGGAAAGUAGAUCAGGAAUACUGACGGAACAAUGGAAACUUUGUUGCAGGAGGUACCAAAUAAAGUGGCCACGGAGUGUAACUUUCGUUGUUUGGGGAAAUUCAAAAUCCGUGAAAAUAAACGUCCACACUACGCCGGAUAAUUUUGAAAACGCCGGUUUCGAGUAAAAACGACAGGCGUCCACACUAAGCGUUUUUCAAAAUAUCUCCGUCCACAUGGGCGGAUAUUUGGACGAAUCUCCUCCUACUGGGCAGGAGGACUUAAAACUAAAAAAAACAAAUACUGGAGCGUAUGGAGGCAACCGACAGGGAGUUCAUGGACAGUAUGACCUGGCUGAUGACGAACAUUGAAAAACUGACUAACUCUGUCGCAUUAAUAAAGCACCUUGUUAAAUGUAUGAAACGUCUGCAUCAGUGUUAUCUUGUAUUUCCAUACAAUGUUACAUUAGGCUGUUACACAUCUAUUGUCAGAGAAGUACUUGCAUAAAUAGGUAAACCACCUUCAUACAAGCAAAGGCAGAAAACAGGGCAAAGGGAGUAUACUUAUUUAUUCAGUAAGCUAUGGGUCAAAGUAUUUGGUGAGUACAUUUCUAACCCUUCUGGCUUCAGUCUCGUUGCCGUCUGUUCUGAAAUUGUUAGAUUCUGCAAAGCGCAGAAUCAAAUAUCGCUGUGCUGAUUGUACGCUCUGGUAUCAAUUGUUUGGCGACAGUAAAGUAGUGAUAAUAAUAAAAAGAAGAAAACAAUGAAAUGCCGCGUUGUCACCACCUGUUCCAGCACGCCGUGACAGCGGUUCUGAAAAGCUCCGGUGUAAGGAGCUCCCAUGCAACAGCAUGACUAUGGCCGGCCUCUUCUCCUGUCAAAUACCCUUGCACUCCACUGGCUGAGAGCAACACACACAAAAUGCUGGAGGAACUCAGCAGGUCAAGCAGCAUCUAUGGAAAUGAAUAAACAGUCCCUGUUUUGAGUCGAGACCCUUCAUCAAUACUGGAAAGGAAAGGAGACAA